GUGAUAUCUUCGCGCGUUAAAUUACAUCGUAAUUUAUGAUCCUGGAUUUGAAUACUUCACACAGGAUAUGGUGUAUCUUCAAAGAGGAACAUCUUCUCUUGAAAUAUGUUUCCCAGUGGAAAAGGAAUGGAUAUUUGUAUGAAUUCAGUGUAUGCCUCCAUCCCUGGAUUACCGGAACUAGGGAUGGUAUGGAUGGGAGAUAUGAUGGUACAUGGAGAACCUACUCAUGAACUUAUGUUGGAUCCCCGUCAAGCAGAAAGUCCAUUUUUUUCUCAUGGUUCAAAUCCAUAUGAUGACAUUAGGAAUCAUCAAAUUGCACCUACAACCAUGGUACGGUAUCUACCGCCUCAAUUUGCUACCGAAUGUUCAGAACCUGAUGAAGCUAUGGAAGCAGCCGAUGCUCAGGAAAUGCAACAAGAAUAUGAUUCGCAAUCAGAAAGACAAGAAAUGACUGAAUAUUUAACAUUAGAAGAUUACAUGGGUGAUGAAGAAAGGGAGCAAGUUGUAAACAAUGCAGCAACCCAAACUACUCAGGACAAUCGUAAUAGGAAAAUAAAACCUAUAAAGCAUCCUGGACUUGUUUUAAAAACACCAAUUGCAUAUCAACCGCAUACAGAUUUAAAUUUUAUUCCCAUUCGUAAGGAUGGUAUAGCUGUUUGUGAAAAAUGUGGUGCUAUUGGUGUAAAACAUGCAUUUUAUACAAAGGAGCGUAGAUUUUGUAGUAGAGCAUGUGCACGGUCUUCAGAACAUACUGCUCCCACUGCAGAUUCUACAUACAGUCCAUCCCAUUCUGUAGAACCCCCUACAAUUGUGAAUUCACCUUCUCCACCUGAAUCCAAAGUGAUAAAUACUGCCUUAGUGAAGGAAGAACCAGAUAUAAAGGAGCCUAUUGAAUAUGAAAAACUAAAAGUUAUAGCUGAACCAGUGAUGCCAGAGGAUUUACCCGUAAGAAGAAAGAGAACUGCUGAAAUGGCAGGUUCUUAUGAUUGGACCCCACAGUUAGUGGAACCUGGAUUUUGUGCUGCUCCAGUAUCUUGCUUUAAACACGCACCUAUAUCAGAAAUAUGGGAUAAUAUAACAGUUGGUAUGAAAGUUGAAGUAGAGAAUACGGAUUGCGAUGAAGUAUGCGAAGCGUUCCCGGAUUCAUUUUGGGUUGCUACUGUAUUACGUAUAUCUGGCUAUAGAGCUUUAUUGAGGUACGAAGGUUUCGGUCUUAACGCUGAUAAAGAUUUCUGGGUAUCUCUGUGCUCCAAUGACAUACAUCCAGUAGGUUGGUGUGCAACUAUUGGUAAACCUCUCAUUCCACCUAAUACAAUUGCUAACAAAUACAAAGACUGGAAGGAUUUUUUAAUGAGACGAUUAACAGGUGCAAGGACACUGCCAACUAAUUUUUAUAAUAAAGUUAAUGAUAGUAUGAAGUCGCGUUUCAGAUGUGGACUUCAUUUGGAAGUAGUAGAUAAAAAUAGAAUCUCACAAGUAAAAGUAGCAACAAUACAGAAAAUUGUUGGCAAACGUUUACAUGUAAGAUACUAUGAUUCGCCACCCGAAGAUAAUGGUUUUUGGUGCCACGAAGAUUCCCCUCUGAUACAUCCUGUUGGCUGGGCCAAGAGGGUAGGGCAAACAUUGGAUGCAUAUCCGGAAUAUUUAGAACGUGUGACAAAAUCAAAAUUAUGUCAGGACGAUUCAACCGAAGAUCUUUUUUAUGUGCCAAAGAACCAUCACUUGCACCUUGGUUACACAUUUCGAGAAGGAAUGAAAAUAGAAGCCAUUGAUCCGCUUAAUCUUUCUGCCAUAUGUGCAGCAACGGUUAUGCAAGUUUUAAAAGAAGAUUACAUAAUGAUUCGUAUAGAUAGUUAUGAUGAGGAUGCAAGUGGUGCUGAUUGGUUUUGUUAUCAUUCAUGUUCACCUUGUAUUUUUCCGAUCGGAUUUUGUUCUCAACACGGUUUACCGCUUACGCCACCAAAGGGAUAUGAUCCCACUACAUUUACAUGGGAUACAUAUUUAAUGGAGAUAAAUACUAUACCUGCUCCAGUGCAAUUAUUUAACAGGGAAAUACCUCAACAUGGAUUUAUUGAAGGGAUGAGACUCGAAGCUGCUGAUUUAAUGGAUCCUAGAUUAGUUUGUGUUGCUACUAUUACCAGGGUGAUUGGGAGGUUAUUAAGAGUACACUUUGAUGGUUGGGAAGACGAAUAUGAUCAGUGGCUAGAUUGUCAGAGUCCUGACAUUUAUCCAGUUGGAUGGUGUGAUCUAGUUGAUCAUAAAUUAGAAGGGCCCCGUGUACUCAAUAAAAACAUUAGUCCUACUGUAAAAUCACCAAGAGGCCUUAAACGUAAAGCUAAGAGAAAACUGAAGAAAAGCAGCAAAAUGUCCUGCGCAAAAAACAUUCUACCUCGGCACAGUGAACGUAUCAGCAUGGCUCGCGAACGUGAACGAGAACUAGAGCCUGCUCAAGGAAUAAAAAUUGAAAGAGAACAUGAUGUGGAAAGUCUACCAGAACAAAGAAAUAGGGAACCAGAGCCAGCAGAAGAACCAGCUGGACCUGAUCAAACUUUACCUAGUCCUACUACUGGACAAGGUCAAGCAUUAAAUGAUACUCAAAGUGAGAUACAAAGCCCUCCACCACCAAAAGAACGAACUGCAACAUCGUAUAUUAAUGUGAUGUCUGCCACUAGUAAAUACAUCCCAAGGCUAGCAGAUGGUGUACAAAAAUGUUCGGAAUCUGGUGAUUUAGUGCCAUCUGAAUGGAAUGUGUUUGAUGUUGCACAAUUUCUUCGCGUUAAUGAUUGUGCAACGUAUUGCGAUAAUUUUAGUAAACGUAAAAUAGAUGGAAAAACUUUGUUAACACUCACCAAGGACCAAAUAAUAGACCUGACGGGUUUUAAAGUUGGGCCUUCUUUAAAAAUAUAUGAUCUUAUUCAGCAAUUAAAAAUCAAAGUGAAUCCAGCUCAGGAAAGGUUGAAAUUAGGAUUGAAAAAGUUAUUAUAACAAAGCUAGUAUGUAGUCAAUAACACGAAUAAGUUUCAUCAUUUCAUAAGAAUAAACAUGGAUUUACAGGUAAGGCAUGUAAAUGCAAGUAAUUCAAAAUUCAUAUUUUACAGUGGUUUUACAUACAUUUGUUUAUUAUAUGCUUUAUUAAUAUACUUAAUGUAUACACAUAUAGAUACGUAUAAAAAAAAGAGCUAAAGAUAAAGAUCUCAUUUUGUCAUAGAACAUAUCUUACUUUAUCGCGAAUUUGAACACAGUGGUAUUUAUUUAAAAUAAAUGGAUUAUUUCGUUU